ACAAUAAAUUGUUCUCUUUCCUAAAAUUCAGUAAGAAUUGAAUAAAAAUUCAAGUCGCCAUUUACGACUUAAAUAAGCAAAUGGGAAAUGGCUAUUUAAAUCAAAAUACAAAGAACCCUUAUUUUUGCACCAUCUUAUUCUUGGUUCGUUUUCAACAAAUAUUCUUUUUCUUUUGAUUUUUCUCUACUCUAUAAGAUGGGGGAUACUUCAGUAGUAGUGCAAUCACAAGUACAAGCAGAUGACGAAGCAAAAAUUGAAGAGAGCUCACAGAAUGGAACUGAUCAGUCAAAAGCUCCAAGCUUCGUACAGUACAAAUGGUGGAUCCAAAUGGUUAUUUACUCAACAUUUGUUCUCUCUGGCCAAGCCAUAGGUACACUCUUUGGUCGAUUAUAUUUUGACAAAGGGGGAAAUAGCAAAUGGUUAGCUACAUUAGUACAAAAUAUAGGCUUCCCAAUUCUCAUCCCUUUCCUCUUAAUCACAUCAACUAAAACUAAUCAUGAAGUGAUCACUGAAAUACAGAAACCAUCUUUUUAUAUCGUUGCUUCACUUUAUACUUUGCUUGGGUUGUUCCUAGCUGGAAAUUGUAUGUUAUACACAAUAGGUUUACAAUACCUCCCUGUCACAACUUAUUCACUUAUUUGUGCUAGUCAAUUGGGAUUCAAUGCUCUUUUUUCCUUCUUCCUAAAUAAACAAAAAAUCACCCCUUAUAUUGUCAACUCAUUAGUAAUUCUUACUAUUUCCUCUUCUCUCCUCGUCCUCCAAAACGACAAUUCUGAAGAUCAGUCCAAUAAAAAGUCUAGAAAAAAAUACAUAAUUGGAUUUUUAUCCACAGUUGCUGCAUCUGCUGGUUAUGCAUUGAUGCUCUCUAUUACACAGCUUGCUCUUCAGAAAAUCUUUAAGAGGGAAAGUUUUCGUUUGAUUCUAGAGAUGUCAAUUUACCAGUCAUUAGUUGCGACAUUGGCAAUUUUAGUUGGAUUUUUCGCGAGUGGUGAGUGGAAAACUAUGGACAAAGAAAUGGAUGAGUAUAAAUUAGGGAAAGUUAGAUAUGUUUUGAAUUUAAUUGGGACAGCUAUUUCUUGGCAAGUUUUCUCAGUUGGUUCUAUAGGGCUGAUUUUCAAAGUGUCCUCACUAUUCUCAAAUGUGAUUAGCAUUUUAGGUUUGCCUAUUGCUCCUGUUUUGGCUGUGAUCUUUCUUCACGAUAAGUUAACUGGUGUUAAAGUGAUGUCAAUGUUGUUGGCUAUAUGGGGUUUUGUAUCAUAUAUUUAUCAGCAUUAUCUUGAUGAUUUAAAGGACAAGGCUGCAAAAAAUGUUCAAGUUGUGGAGCUUUCUGAAAGUCUCUCAUUGAAAGAGGUUAAACAUGUAAUUUAAUUAAAUAUGAUAUUUCGGGUAGUUUAUUAAGAUCGUAUAUAACUUUUCCAUAUCUCAAGUUGUAUUAUAUGCAUUGUAUCAGUUUGAAAUUUUUGCAUGGAUUUUCGAAUGAAAAUAACGCACGGAAAAGUUGAGGUAGA